CGCGUUGUUUUGGCGUCCAUGGUUCAAUUCGAAACCUCAGCUGUUCGUUUCACCUGCAGCUGGAUCAGCGGGAUUAAAACGUGGUUUGACGUGUGAAAAUGUCUUCCACUGAACCAGCGGACUUUCUACGAGAGCGCAACAAAGAUCUACUGAAGCGGCUGAAGCAGCAGAGGGAGAAGCUGGAGCGUGUGAGCGGCUGCAGCCGGAAGAGGGACCGAGAGGACGAGACGGAGGAGAGGAGACAGCCCGGGGAGACGGUGCCUGGGACCGAUGGAGGCCGAGGUCCGACCAGACCCGCCAUCACCAGACCCGCCGUGAGAUUUGCGGAAUGUGCGGACUCGUCAGACAUUCUCGAUGACAGUGAAAGACAUCUUCAAAUCCAGGACAGGCUGCAGGACACAACAUCACACAUGACCAAGGCCUGUUUAGUGAAGAACUACAAAGAAGAUAGUGAGGAGCUGGGCCCAGUCGAAUUUGACGAAUGUGUAGAGACCCCUGUGUCUGACAGGCAUCAUUUGCAGCCCUUGCUUGGAUAUGACUGGAUAGCAGGAGUCCUUGAUGCUGAGGACACGUUUGUGGAGCGCUCUGAUGAAUUCUUCAACGAUCUCCGCAAUUUCCGAUCGCUCCACAGGGAUGAGUGUGUCCACAGCCCACAAGCAGACUCUCUUCCUAGAUUAUCUGUGGAGAACCAUUCAGGGCUGACGCUGCUAACAGACAGGGAGGACACCGAAGCCAACACAGACACUCAUCAGUGUACAUUCUCUUACAGGAUUAACAGUAGACUGUUCCCUGUCCCGCUUCACCAUCAGGAGUGCUGUCCUGUCUGCAAAAAGCACAAGUCCUCCCACCCGCACACUACUGCUGAACCAGCUCUUAUCAGGGUCAGCAUCCCUCGCUCCACUCUCCUGCCAGCAUACAAGUACAAAGCCCACCGGCGAUGUAGCUUUGACUCUUCUGAUAGUUUGGGGUUACCUUCGCACUGUCUCUCAGGCUGGUCCCACACAGGCCAGAGCACCCUGCCACCACCCAGCAGCCUCGACCUGCGGAGCAGUUUGAAUAAGAAGAACAAUGAACUUGAGAAUCUCUCUGGGCCUGUGAACCAGAUCUCUGACCAGAUAUCAAAUGUGUCAAAGUUGGCACGUCACAACUUCCAACACUUCUCUCCCAGGAAUAAAAUGGGAAGCACAUCGUACCCAGGGUGCUGACGAAUGAAACUGUUUUAAGUGAUCAUUGUUUAUACUGCGAGCCAUUAGACACCAUCCAAGAUGAUUUCCCAUGGAUAAUGAUGGACAACAUGACAGCUCCCCAAAAAUGAAGCCGAAUCAUUCUGAUGCCAGGUGGUUGGCUGUGGUAUUAGAUGAUAAGACUCUCUAUGUUAGUGAAUGGUACAUGGACCAAACUAAAACGCCAAAAUUCAUGUCAAAUACAUUUUGAUGGUCCCCAUCAUUUUCAGUUGUUCUGAUAACACCAACGUUUGGCAUUAAUUAGCUAUUACGGACAUGAGCCUAUCUUCUAUAUACAAUCUGUGAUCUGUUCGUCAUUUUUGUAAACAGAUCAUUUCGAUAAUGCCUUUCUGUUACGUCUCUAGGGAAUGUGUUUCCUCACAUUAGAUUUUUUGGAACAGAUUAAGCUCUACAUGUGACUGUGGGCCUCAAGGAUGUGAGGCCAGAGGUGUUACGCCACAGUUUAAAGAAAAUUGUUUACCAUAUUAUUCCUAAAAGUUCAAUAUGAGUUUCCUCGGUAAAUCUCACAAUACAGAGGAAGUUGUUUUGACUCAUGUCUGUUGCUUGGAGACGUCUGUUUGUUUCCCUUUCCAGCUGUACACGUAGGCUAACAGGUUCACACGCAAUUUAUUUUUUAACUUCCUUUGACACUUCCUCACUGUGAUACCAUAAAGAACGUAGAAGCAAAGGCAGUAGGUACUAUACAUGUGUUGUAUUUCACAGGAAAUCACACCCACAUAAACUUCAUGUCAAUUACUUUAGCCAUCCCCGCCAACACUGUAAAUGUUCCAUUUUGUGUCAUGGAGGCCGAUGGAUUUGAAGAAAAUGUAUCAGGGUGUGUUAAAAUAAAAUCAAGAAAAAUUAUGAGUGCAAUAAAGUCAAAGUUAGGUAAAUAAAGUUAGGUGCUGCGUGCAGCUGACCUGGUAGAGCUGCCACCUCAACCUGCAGAGACCUGGGUUCAAUUCCGACCCACGGCCACUUAUGCAUGUCCUCUCUCUCUCUCUCUCUCUCUCUCUAUCCCCCAUUUCACAAGCUUACUAUGUCCUAGAUGUACAAGAGCAAGGGGCAGCUGCUGCUCGACUGGAGUAGCAGAGAUUGAGGACGUGGGAGGGGAAACUUUAAAAUGAAAUGUCAGCAUCUUGUACAGGAACAAAAAAAUGAGAUGCAUGGGCAUUAAACAGGGCACAACAUGAGCGAUUGUACUGUGGCGUAUUUAUAAGGGGAAAGUUUUUAACAAAAAUAAAGUAGUUGUGGGGGCGAAGUGGACUUCUGUGGCUUUCUCAGUAGCACGUCAGUAUUGCCAGGCAGUCACACAGGGUAUCUGGUUGAAAUUAUUCUUUUGAUCAGAACAGCUCCACUAUCCUACCACAUUUUACACCUUAGGCAUGAGCGUUUUCUCCUAAGUACUCCUAAAAUUAAGAAGGAGUACUUUAAAAUCUUAAUAGAGUAGAAAGGGCUCAUGUCCUCAUAAUUCAAAAUCUACAAAACUAAUUUAGAUGAACAGUUGACACACAACUGGGCUCUGAGGGACUUCACUGUAUCUGGACUUGUCUGGGUAUAAACAAGAAGAGAAACUAUAACUGAGUCCACUUCCUGUUUCCUCUGCUGCUGAGUUUAUUUCAUAGCCAAGAAGUGAGCCCUGAACAUUGUCCACCUAUUCACACAAUUGAAUGAGAGAAAGAGCAUGGAGGAUAAACACAUUUUCACUUGUAUACUUAUUAUUAUACAGCAAAUACCUUACGCUAUAAUAAUGAAUGAAGGAGAUAUGAAUUGACCAUGGUGGGAGCAGUAUUUUUGGCUACUGCUGGUUUCGCAACAGAAGUAACUCAACAAAAUCCCAGGACCCGACUUUUGUAUUUGGUUCUGGUUUAGUUGGAGGACACUUCAUGGAACUGAGCCAUUGGUAAUGUUAUUAAAUUCAAAUGUGCUUUUUUCUGUAAUGGCAUUUAAAAACAUUCACUGUGAAAAAGCUUCACCAGUUUUGAUUUGAGAUGUGUCCUAUUAUAGGGAUCACGUAUUAUGUAUGUUUAAAAUAAAUUUAUAGUACUUUG